AGAAGAACUGAAAAAGGAAGAUGAAACCUGUUAGAAGAGACUCGCUCCAACGAGCUGAUCAUAUCUUUACUCCUUGUAGCGGAGGCAUAUACUAUCACCAUGGCAUAUAUGUGGGCAAAGCCACGGUCACUAACCCGAAAAAUAAUGGAGAAGAACAAGAAAUAUACGAUGCAGUCAUUCAUUUCCUCGGAUUUUACAAGAAAAGCAGCUGUAAACCCCAAUGCAAGAGAUGUUUCUACACUUCUCAAAAUAUGGGAGUUAUCAUAACCUGCCUCGAUUGCUUCCUUGACGGUAGCUUAGUCUAUGUCUACGAAUAUGGCGUCUCCUACUUGACAUUUAAUUUUAAAAGUAACGGCAGUUGCAGUUAUUGGGAUUCUUAUCCUCCUGACAAGGUUAUUCGGACAGCGUAUUGUUUUCUCGACAAGCAAUCCUUCGGUGAUUACCACUUGGUUUUUAACAACUGUGAGAGCUUUGCAACCUACUGCAAAACGGGUAAUGCCAUGAGCAAUCAGGCCUUAUUCGGAUCAGGCUUGCCUGGUGCUGCCGCUUAUAUUAUUGCAAAAGGUAUAUUAUGGGGGAAUUAAGGAGUAAAUUAAGUGAUGCGAGGUUCAAGAAAGUGAAGGAAUGUACUCAAUUUGCUGCUAUAUUUUUGUUACUCAAACCUCUGGAAAUGCAUAAGGCUUUGCAAUGUCAAAUAGGGUGGGGUGGGAUGAUUAUAGAGGUCCAAGGUUUGUAAUUUAUUGCUCUCUUUAUUUUGUAUAAAAAAUUAAUAUAUGUAUCAAUAAAUAAAUUGUUGUCAUUUAAAA